AGUACCAAUCCAUUGAUCAAUUUUACAGAACACACCCUCUUCCUAAUCCUCCCCUUACCAACAAUCUCCCAAAGCCAGAAGCGUCAGCUUCAUCUUCAUCUUAUUAUAUCGUCAAUUCUUCUUCAUUAUCAUCAUGAAGCAAAAGGUGGUGAUCAAGCUCUCUGUGCACGACGAGAAGUCUCGUUCCAAGGCAAUGAAGACAGCAGUUGGAGUUGAUGGGGUGGAUUCAGCAAGUCUGCCAAUGGACAAGGACCAAAUUGAAGUAACAGGAAAUGAUGUUGAUGUGGUUUUGCUUACAACUCUUCUCAGAAAAACAGUUAAGCAUGCUGAGGUCGUCAGUGUGGGCGCUGUCAAAGAGGAGGAGAAGAAGAAGGAGGAGCCUAAAGCAUCUGGGCCAAUCAUCGUCGGAUGGCCUGAGAAUUAUGCAUGGCCUCAGAAUUAUUACCCAGUUGCUUCAUACCAGUGCCCCCCGCCAAAUCCCUACCAGUGCUCUGAGCCCAGUUGCUCCAUAAUGUGAUAAUAUAUGAAUGUUAGACCCAAAAAAUCAUACUCUCCAUUCCCACAAUGAUUUAGAUUAGUCUUACCAGAUUAUAGAUUAGUAUUAUGGCACUAUAUAUAUGGUUUGCUUUGAUCUGGAGUUUCCAUUUUUCAAUCUGUGUUCUCUCUUAGCUUAAUGUGUUAUGUUUACCAAUUGGGGUCCUUUGGAUGCAAAUGAGUUUGAAUAAUGGAGGGGAAGACUAUGAAUUAUGAAACCUACAAAAUAAGGCAUAUUGUUGUUUGCUA